UUACCUAUAAAGGCUGGGAGUAAAUCCCAAACUACAUCAGUUCAUUAGAAGAGAAGUAAAAUGAAGACUUACUACCAGUUGUGCAUUCUCGUUGCCCUGGUGUUCAGGGUUCGCUCAGUACCACUGUCUACUGACAUGAGCGAUGAAGAAUUUGCGAAGAAUUACUUGAAGGAACUGUACGACAUGCAAGAGGACAACACGCCGUCCUUUGGGCGCAAGGUCAGUGAGAUGAGCUUGAAGCUGAGUGAGAUGCAGGAGUUUUUCGGGUUAAAGGUGACAGGAACUCUGGACGCUGAAACGCUGGAGAUGAUGAAGCAACCUCGCUGCGGCGUUCCAGAUGUGGCUGCGUACAGGGCUGAAUCUUUCAGUAACAAAUGGCCCACCAACAAAUUGACCUACAGGAUUGAGAAUUACACUCCCGACAUGUCUGUGGCUGAAGUGGACGACUCUAUCAAGAGAGCGCUGCAAGUCUGGGCUCGAGUCACUCCUCUGAAGUUCAAACGCAUCUACAGCGGUGUAGCCGACAUCAUGAUCUCAUUUGUUGUCGGAGAUCAUGGUGAUGGCUCCCCAUUUGAUGGACCCGAUGGUUUCUUGGCUCAUGCAUUUGGCCCCGCUGAUGGCAUCGGCGGAGAUACUCAUUUUGAUGACGCCGAGACCUUCACUUUCAAAUCGUCCAAUGGAUACAACUUGUUCUUGGUGGCUGCGCAUGAAUUUGGACACGCCCUGGGCCUUGACCAUUCCACCGAUCCUGGAGCUCUCAUGUACGCAAGGUACACCUACAGAGAUGUCGACAGCUUCGUCCUUCCUCGAGACGACGUCAGGAAAAUUCAGGCUCUCUAUGGCUCAAACCCUGACAUACCCGAUAAGCCCGAGCCCACACCUCCGUCCACUCCUAAUGCCUGUGACCCCAGUCUGGUCCUGGACGCCGUUACGACCCUGCGUGGAGAGACGUACUUCUUCAAAAAUAAGUUUUUCUGGCGCCACCACCCUCAGAUCCCUCAAAACGAACAAUUUCUGAUAAAGAGCUUCUGGCCCGAGCUUCCAGAUGAUAUCGAUGCUGCUUUUGAGGAUCCAUCAGCUGACUUGGUGUACAUCUUUAAAGGUCAGAAGGUCUGGGCCCUCAGUGGUUAUGACGUCGUGAAUCGCAAGAGUCUCGGUAGCUUCAGGUUGCCGGCUAAAGUGAAGAACAUCGACGCUGCCGUUUAUGAUGAGUCUACUGGAAAGAUGUUGUUCUUUGUUGGGAAAUCAUACUACAGCUAUGACACGAACAACAAGAAGAUGGACAAGGGUUACCCUAAACAGGUGGAAGAGAGAUUCCCAGGAAUGACAGGAAAAGUGACUGCCGCCUUCCAGAACAACGGUUUCACCUACCUCUUCAGUGGACCACGCGUAUUCGAGUUUAACGAAUCAACGCUGAGGCGCGUGCUGGGAAACAAACACUUCUUGCAAUGUUAGCCUUUUAUGCCUUUAAUAUUUAUCUGUCCUGCAGACAGUGGACAUGCCGAUAAUACUGUAAACUGUGUAAGGAAUUAAAGAGUAAAUUGUUAUUUAAUUUGCAAGGAAUUUUCCUGAGUAACUGUUAUUCCUUAAGUUGUACUUUCUCAAUAAAAAUUCUCAAGCUAC